CUGUUCCACGACCGGGUCCGCGAGUGCAUCAUCUCAAUACUUCUGUUUGCAACACUCUACAUCCUCUGCCACAUCUUCCUGACCCGCUUCAAGAGGCCUGCUGAGUUCACCACAGUGGAUGAUGAAGAUGCCACAGUUAACAAGAUUGCGUGAGUGUCACUACCUUCAACACCCGAAUCCAGUGCCUUUUAGACGCUGGGAUCGAGAAAGUCAGCAGCGGGAGGAGCCGUCAUUCAUCAAAGAGGAGUUCCUACUUCCACCCUAUUUCUGGCUUCUUCUGGCUUUGCCCUAUGCUUGCUUGGGAUGUUCAGAAAAGCUGCUGUUCCUGUCUCCCUGGUUGGGCCAGGAGCUUCAUGAUGUGGAUAUUGGCUGGGGCCUGAGUCACCAGGAAAUGGCUUCAGCUUGGCUUCACCUCCUAACAGUCAAUGCUGGAGCUGUGCACCUUUACCCUGGCAGUCGCCCUGGGUGCCGUCUUACUUUUGCCUUUCUCCAUCAUCAGCAAUGAGGUAUUGCUCUCGUUGCCAAGGAACUACUAUAUCCAGUGGCUCAACGGCUCCCUCAUCCAUGGUCUUUGGAACCUCGUUUUUCUCUUCUCCAACCUGUCUCUCAUUUUCCUUAUGCCCUUUGCAUAUUUCUUCACAGAGUCUGAGGGCUUCGCUGGCUCCAGAAAGGGUGUCCUGGGCCGGGUCUACGAGACAGUGGUGAUGUUGAUUCUCCUCACUCUGCUUGUGCUGGGCAUGGUGUGGGUGGCGUCAGCCAUUGUAGAUAAUGACAAGGCCAGCAGGGAGUCGCUCUAUGACUUCUGGGAGUACUACCUCCCCUACCUCUACUCCUGUAUCUCCUUCCUCGGAGUGCUCCUGCUCCUGGUGUGCACUCCACUAGGUCUCGCCCGCAUGUUCUCUGUCACUGGGAAGUUGCUGGUCAAGCCCCGGUUACUGGAAGACCUGGAGGAACAGCUGAACUGUUCAGUGUUUGAGGAGGCAGCUCUGACUCGAAGAAUCUGCAUGUGUUCUCUGCCCUCAGAUCCCACCUCCUGCUGGCUGCCUUUAGACAUGGAGCUGCUGCACAGACAGGUCCUGGCUCUGCAGACCCAGAGGGUCCUCUUGGAAAAGCGGCGAAAGGCUUCAGCCUGGCAGCGGAACCUGGGCUAUCCUCUGGCCAUGCUGUGUCUGCUGUUGCUGACGGGCCUGUCUGUGCUGAUCGUGGCCAUCCACAUCCUGGAGCUGCUCAUUGACGAGGCUGCCAUGCCGCGGGGCAUGCAGGAUGCCUCCCUGGGCCAGGUCUCCUUCUCCAAACUGGGAUCCUUUGGUGCCAUCAUCCAGGUUGUGUUGAUCUUUUACCUGAUGGUGUCCUCAGUCGUGGGCUUCUACAGUUCUCCACUCUUCCGAAGCCUGAGGCCCAGAUGGCACGACACAGCCAUGACACAGAUAAUUGGGAAUUGUGUCUGCCUCUUGGUCCUAAGCUCAGCUCUUCCUGUCUUCUCCCGAACCCUUGGGCUGACUCGCUUUGACUUGCUGGGUGACUUUGGACGCUUCAACUGGCUGGGCAAUUUCUACAUCGUGUUCCUUUAUAAUGCAGCCUUUGCUGGCCUCACCACACUCUGUCUGGUGAAGACCUUCACUGCGGCUGUGAGAGCAGAGCUGAUCCGAGCCUUUGGGCUGGACAGGCUACCCUUGCCUGUCUCUGGUUUUCCCCGGGCAUCCAGGAAGAAACAGCACCAGUGACCUCCUGCUAGGGGUUGAGAAGGAGAAAACUGGACACUGCCUAGUCCUGGAGGCAAGCCAGGGUGGUUGGACCUCAGGACCGGGAAUCUGAGAGGGUGGGUGGAGGAGGGAACUGAACCACCUGACUGCUGUAUAAUCUGAGCCAGAGUUUGGGACCGGCCUCCUGCCUUUUCAGACACAGCUGUGGCCUCAGCACGAGGUGAGCUGGGGGACUGGCUCUAGUUCCUGGUCCCAAAUCCGUUUACACAUCAAUCUGCCUCAAUCCUGUUCCAGGCCAUGCCUGAAGCCUUGUUUACAUAAUGAUGUGCAAUAGGGUGGGUGGGAGUGG